AUGUGUCAUAAAUUGAUUGAAAAUUAUCAACAAAGAUUAAAGAAUAAUAAUGAUAAUAAUAAUAAUAAUGAUGAUGAUGAUGAUGAUGGUAUUAAGUUCAAGAGCUGCGUAUAUUAUUCUAAUUGGUCAGUUUAUCAAAGAAAACAUUUCCCAUGUAAUAUAAAUUUAAAUUAUUAUACUCAUAUAUUUUAUGCAUUUAUUUUAAUUGAUGAAAAUACUGGUAAAUUAAAAUUUAGUGAUGAAUGGUGUGACUUAAAUAUGCCUAUGGAAGGUUUGUCUGGUAAUAUACAAUUAUUUAAUAGAUUGAAAGAAUCAAAUCGGUUUAAAUUAAUUAUGUCAAUUGGAGGAUGGGGUACUAAUCAUUUAUUUGAGUCUAUAAUUCAAGAUGGUUCAAAAUUGGAUAAUUUUGUUGAUAGUUGUUGUUACUUUAUUAAAAAAUAUGGAUUUGAUGGUGUUGAUAUAGAUUGGGAAUAUCCAAAAAAUAACCACCAAGGUAUGAAAUUUGUACAAUUAUUACAAAAAUUAAGAUUAAAACUUGGUAAUAAUUGUAUUUUAACAAUUGCAGCUCCUGCUAGUGACGAAAAUAUUCAAAAUUUACCACUACGGGAAUUGGAUCAAUAUUUGACAUUUUGGAAUAUUAUGUGUUAUGAUUUUACAGGUGAAGGUUGGUCAAAGAAUACUGGACAUCAAUCUAAUUUGUUUGGAAAUAAUGGAGAUAAUAGCUUAAAUUCAUCUGAUGUGAUACUGAAAUAUAAACAAGGUGGUGUUGAUUCUGAGAAAUUGAUUUUGGGUAUGCCAUUAUAUGGUAGAAUAUUUCAUGGAGUAAAUUCAAAUAAAAUAGGUCAACCAUUCUCAAAAGAGAGAUUAAUAGGUUCAAUUGAAGCCGAAACAAUUGAAUAUAAAAAUAUACCAACUUAUUUUGAAACUAAUUUUGAUGCAAAGAAAGUUGGUGCAAUUGCAUAUGAAUCACAAACUAAACAAUUUAUAAGUUUUGAUAAUCCACAAUCAGUGAAAAUUAAAGCUCAAUUUAUUAAACUGAAUAAACUUGGUGGUGGUAUGUUUUGGGAUUCUGCAGGUGACAAAGAUGGUAAUGACAGUUUAGCAUAUAAUUUUGUAAAUCAAUUAGGAGGUAUUGAACAACUACUUGAUAAAACAUAG